AUGAACAGCAGGGACCCAGGGACGCUGGCCGUGGAGAGAGUGAAAUUCUUCGGCCAGCACCGCGGGGAGGUCAACUCUUCCGCCUUCUCUCCCGAUGGCCAGAAGCUGCUCACAGCCUCUGAGGACGGCUGUGUAUACGGAUGGGACACCCAGAGUGGGCAGCUGCUGUGGAGACACAGGGCAGUGCCCCGUUCCUUGACCACGGCUGCCCACCCAGGUCCCGUGAGGUUCUGCCGCUUCUCCCCCCAUGGCUGCCUCUUUGCCAGCACCUCCUAUGACUGCACCAUCCGCCUGUGGGAUGUAGCAGAAGCCAAGUGUCUGCAGGUCCUACAGGGUCACCAGCGGAGUGUGGAGACAAUCAGUUUCAGCCCUGACGCAAAGCAACUGGCAUCAGGCGGCUGGGACAAGACGGUGAUGCUCUGGGAGGUGCAGUCAGGCCAGGUGCUGCGCCACUUGGUGGGACACUGAGACUCUGUCCCAAGCAGUGACUUCACACCCAGCUCAGACUGCUUGGCCACCGGCUCUUGGGAUUCCACCAUCCGCAUGUGGGACGUUCGGGCAGGGACCCCAGUGAUCUUCCACCAGGAGCUGGAGGGCCACAGUGGCAACGUCAGCUGCCUGUGCUACUCAGCAUCUGGCCUAUUUCUGUCUUCUGUCCGGGCGUCCGGCUCCUGGGACAAGACUAUCCACACCUGGAAGCCCUCAACUGGAAGCCUGCUUGUCCAGCUCAAGGGCCACAUCACCUGGGUGAAGAGCAGAGCUUUCUCCCCUGAUGGGCUGCAGCUGACCAGUACUGGCUACUCCUACAUGCUCAAAGUCUGGGACUGCAAUACAGGACAGUGCAUUGAGACCCUGAAGGGAGUCCUGGAUGUGGCCCACGCCUGUGUCUUUACCCCAGAUGGGAAACUCUUAGUGUCUGGAGCUGCUGCUUAG